AUGAUCAGGGCGGAAACCACAGUUAGACAGAUUGCAACAUUUAAUGCCGAAUUGUAUCCUGAAUACUGUAACCCAUUUGACGGUUUUGGUACAGUAUGUUCGCCUUAUGAAUACAGGGCGGGUUACGUCGCCGAUGCAGUGAAGUCAAGUUUAGUUGAUACAGAUGUUGUAUGUUUACAAGGCAUAUACUACGACGUAGAUGUCAACACAAUUGUACAAGGUACAGAGCAAUUAUUCCCGUACUCCUUUAGCUUCAACCAUGAUACAAUGACAGGAAGCUAUGAAGAAUCGACGCAUCCGCCAUGUUCAGAUGACGACAGGGAUGGAGUAGAACAGGUGGCAGCGUGUGAAGAUCAGAAAUGUCAUUCCGAAACCGACCGAAAUGAUUAUAUAGCUUGUAUGGAAGAAAGUUGUAAAGUAAAUCCGACAAAGUCUAUAACUGAUGUUUUUCUUGAAUUAUCAGAGACCUGCAUCACAUGCAUUGUUUUAGGUACGAAAAGAAAUGCAAUGGAUUGCCUUAAACAAAAAUAUGCCGUUAAUCCUACCGGUCUUCUACUAUUAAGUAAACACAACAUAACUCAUUAUGAAAGAGAGGAAUUCCCACAUAAACACGAAAUUGUAAGACACGGAUUUCUUCAUGUUAAAAUUGAAUAUAUCGGAAACGUAGUAUGUACUGUAAUGCAGCCAAAUCUUGGAGAUAAGUACAUUGACAUUACAGAAACGACACAUUCGUACGAAGAAAAGAACUUAGAAGAAGCCAAAUGUCUCACACAGAAGACUAGUGAAUCCAAGAAUGCCAUUAUAGCUGGAUGUUUGAAUACAAGUCCGAUAUUGACUAAAGGAAAAGUUGCAUCCCAGUUUCCGUAUUCAAUAGAUGUAUUUAAGAUGGCAGAAUUCCGUGAUCCAAUCAGCGAAUCCUAUUCUGGCGAAUAUGCCAGCUGUACAUACUGUUUCUCCGAUGACUAUGUAAAGGAAAGGUACGAAUUAGAAGGUUACGAUGGAUAUAUUUUUGACCAUGUAUUGGUCAAAGGAUAUCACGUCGUAAGCGAAAAGACUUUUCAUUCGGAAGGAUCAAGUAAAAUUAACCUGAGAGUCAUUAUGCACGAACCAGGAGAUGCGUUUAAAGCGAUUUCUGCACACUUUUGCGUCAGAGUCUAUAUUGAGGUAGAAGAUGAAGAUUGGAAAUCAAACGUUUAAAUGUACUUGUCUUCAAUA